AUGCAGUCGAAACCUGGUGCUGGACAUAGCCUGCCACCAGAUUCACACGUUGUCCUUCCAUCGUAUGGAGUUCCUUCUGAACCGUGGUGGCGCGGUGUUGGAUAUCACUCUGUAGCUGCAGGCAUGCCCAUAGGAAAUGCCAAAAAUUCAACCGAGGGAUCUGAAUCAACUGAUGAUCAAUCUGUCUCGGAUGACAGAACAAACGAGGAAGAGGACAAUGAUGCUGCAAAAGAAUCACAAGCUACUGCAUCUUCUCGAUCAGUCGGGAAUCAUGGACAUGAGCAUCCCAAUCCGCAGAAUGUUCCUCCAGGCAUGACUACUACGGCUCUGGAUCAGACGCUCGCACAGCCUCCGCAAUUUGAACUCGUCGGUCACUCUAUUACAUCUGCACCAAACCCCUAUCAGGAUCCAUACUACAGUGGAAUGAUGGCAGCUUAUGCACAGCAGCCGUUGGGCUACCCUCAUCUUGUUGGAGUUCCCCAGACUAGAAUGCCGUUGCCCCUUGAGAUGGCCCAGGAACCUGUUUACGUGAAUGCGAAACAGUACCAAGGUAUUUUGAGGCGAAGACAGGCCCGAGCGAAAGCAGAAGUCGAGAAAAAGCUCAUUAAAGUACGGAAGCCGUAUCUCCACGAAUCCCGACAUAAACAUGCAAUGAGGAGGGCGCGUGGUGCUGGAGGACGUUUCGCCAAGAAAACCGGGCUGAAUAAUGCUUCAAACAGCUCAGCUGCUGAGAUCAGGAGAAGCGGCUCCGGUCCAGCCCCCUCAUCUCAAUCUGGGGGAUCGUCUGGUUCCGAGCCACUGCUAUCCAGCGAAACUUGGAACUCCUCCAAAGGUCAUCAACACGAGGGCAGAGUCCACCACCCCCAAGGUCGCUUUGAGGGUCACCAAUACAGAAACAUAGACGGCGGUGGGCAUGGUGGAGAGGAUGGAGACUGUUCGAUCCAGCACCGUGGGAGCAUCUCGAGUCGGGCUUCUCAGAGGUCUGUUGCAAUCCAGUGA